CUCUAGUCCACACAAUACGUCUUUGAGCCUCCCAUUCCGAGCCAUUUAGACGAGUAGGCAAGCAGCGAUGGCGUCUCUAGCUCUGGCUCGCAGUCUGCGCACAUGUGCCCGGCGGUCGGCGGCGCUGUCGACGCGCACCUUUGCGUCCGUGCCCGCCUCCGAUGCUCUGCCCAAGUUCUCCGUCGUGGACCACCCUGUGACAGCUGAUGCAAUUAAGCCUGAGGACUAUUUCGCUGUGGUCAAGCUGGCAGGCACACAGUACAAAGUGACGCAGGGAGACGUCGUGAUUACCGAGAAGAUUAAGGAAGCCAAGGUCGGCGAGAUCAUGGAUAUUGAUGAGGUGCUGCUUCUGGGCAACGUGAACCAGACGAUUGUGGGGCGACCGAUUGUGGAGGGUGCCAAGGUGCGUGCGCGCGUAGAGGAGCAGACUCUGGAUGCCAAGAUCGACAUUUUCAAGAAGAAACGCCGAAAGAACUACCGCCGCUGGAACGGCUUCCGUCGUCAGGUCACUGUGCUGCGAGUCACGGACAUAGUCCCCAUCGACGCCUAAACGGCGACUACAGAGACAAGCAGGUAGACGAACAGGGACUUUUCGCGAGCAUGAGCUGUCAAAGGAGGGACUGCUGGUGUCGAAAAUUGAGGUCUCUGUGGUUGUACAACAGACGUCUAAACCCAGCUCCAUACUCCGCGAGUGUAUAUGCGAUCCCAGUGGACUAAUAACAGCAAAACCUUAGAAAAACAACACCAUGCAGCUUUCCAUUUGCCCAGGUCACGUUUUCACAAGUCACAGACUAAAACGUCGGUCACUAAUAUCCCGCAUAACAGUGACUACAUCACCUCAAUUCAAGACCCUCUUAAAAUAUCCC